AGAGCAUGGAAUCCCUCUGACUCUGAGCGACCUCGUCCUGCGGGGGACGGUGCCGGAAUUCAGGGGGAGGAGACAUUUCCUUGUCCUGAGUGCGGGGAAGGUUUUAAGUCUGAAGUAAGGUUUACUGUACAUCGGAGAUCUCACACGGGCGAGAAGCUUCAUUCAUGUUCUGCGUGUGGGAAAAGCUUUCUUCAUCAAUCAAAACUGGAGAUGCACAGAAGAUCUCACACGGGGGAGAAGCCGUUUUCCAGCCCGGAGUGCGGAAGAGGUUUUUCCGAUAAGGGCAAGCUUUCCAGGCAUCAGAAAUUGCACAUGGGGGAGAAACCUUACGCCUGCCUUGAGUGCGAGAAAUCUUUUUCCCGCAAACCCGACCUCGUCAUGCAUCAAAGAUUUCACACGGGGGAGCGGCCGUAUUUGUGCCCCGAGUGCGGAAAAGGUUUUUUUGCGCAAUUCGGGCCUCGUUAUACAUCAAAGAUCUCACACGGGGGAGAGGCCGUAUUUCUGCCAGGAGUGCGGGAAAAGUUUUCCCAGAAAUCGCAUAUUUACAAACAUCAGAGGUCUCACGCGGGAGCGAAGCCGUUUCCCUGCCGCGAGUGCGGGAAAAGUUUUUCACAGAAGUCUUGGCUUAUCCAACACCAGAGAUGCCACGCAACCCUCAAAAUGUAG